AUGUCUAAGCGAAAUAAUUUAAUAUCAAUUGUUACAUCAAAGAAACAUAAAGAGAUACAAAAUAUUUUUACAAAAAUAAGAGCAAAUUCUAUUAUUCUUAAUAGAGAAAGGUUAACAGAUCCAUUUAAGCAAUACAAUCUCAUAGAAAAAAUAUUAAAAACACAUGAGGCUAAAUUAUUCAUCACAUUUACAAGCUCUCAUAUAAUUUUAGGAAGAUCAUUUAAUAAUGAAAUUAUCGACAUGUUAAAAUUUAAAAUUAAGCACUAUGAAAAAUCUUUUAAAGGAACAGUAAGUGCUGAACUUAAUAUGAAAUAUACUAUCUUAUUGAUAAAUAUUAAUGAUAAAAGAAUAGAAAAUUUAUUUAUAGAUCUUUUAAAUAUGAAAAGUAGUAAAAUAUGUUUACAAAAUAUUAAAUACACAUGGGUUAUUACAAACAUUAAAGGAAUUUUUAUUAUUAAAUAUUGUAGAAUAUUAGAAAAUAAUGAUUUGGAAGAUGUUGGGCCAUGUUUUGAAUUAGAGUUAGAAGAUAAAUAUCAUUGUACAGAGGAAACGUAUAAAAAAAGUUUAGGGAAAAUAGAAAAGAAAAAUAAAAAUAUUACUAAAAAUCAAUUUAAUGACGAAAUUGGUAUUUUACACAUUGAUAAACAAGAUUUACGGGAAAUAAAAACUAGAAAAUAUAAAAAGUAA